AUGAUACCAAAUACUGCAUGCUUAAACGAAACUGGUAUCUCGGAAUUCAUCAUCCUGGGAUUUGGAACACUGAAGGAUUUGCAUUUGCUGUUUUUCCUCUUUUUUCUGGUGAUUUAUAUGACUACCAUGGUUGGAAACCUCACCAUUAUUCUCCUCGUGGUGUCCAGUCAGCAUCUCCACACACCAAUGUACUUUUUCCUGGGAAAUCUAUCUUGCAUGGAGACAUUUUACAGCUCAACUAUCCUACCUAGGAUGCUGGUUAGUUUGCUAACUGGGGACAGGACCAUUUCCGUUACUGGCUGUGUGGUGCAGCUCUACUUUUUUGGAUUCCUUGUGUGUACAGAGUGUUACCUUCUGGCAGUGAUGUCUUAUGAUCGAUAUCUAGCAAUUUGUCAACCACUGCAUUAUGGAACCCUAAUGAAUGACAAAUUUUCUAUUCAGCUUGCAGCUGGCUCUUGGAUAAGUGCAUUUUUACCAAUUAGCAUCAUCAUAAUCUUAAUGUCUUCUUUACUUUACUGUGGCUCUAAUGAAAUUGACCACUUCUUUUGUGAUUUCCCUUCAGUUAUAAAACUUGCACAUAGUGACACUCAGUUGAUUCGGGUUUUAGCUGUCAUACUCUCUUCCUUUGAUAUUUUCCCCCCAUUUAUUUUAACGCUGACAUCAUAUUUUUAUAUUAUUGUCACAAUUAUUAGGAUCCCAUCCACUACUGGAAAGAAGAAGGCAUUUUCUACUUGCUCAUCUCACCUCAUGGUGGUUACAAUAUUUUAUGGCACCUUAAUCGUUGUAUAUGUUUUACCCAAAGGUGAUGCUCAUGGAGAUCUGCACAAAAUAUUUUCCCUCUUUUAUACUGUUUUGACUCCCAUGAUCAAUCCUCUCAUCUACAGCCUAAGAAAUCAAGAGGUCAAAGAGACUCUGAAAAGAGGUAUUAAUAAAUGGGCAAUUUUAAAGACAGAGAGAAUGGGAUCCAAAAAGUGA